GUUUACAUGUAUAACUUUCUCCGACUUUCUAAGACGUGUUUUAUGCCACUUCUUUUUCUGUCUCAUUUUGUCCACCAAACUUUGUUGUGCAUGAAUGCACAAAGUGACUUCCUGAGUCAGCUGACUUCAGCAGAGGGUGAACGCUGCUACUGGAGGUGCCGUAUCCUGCAGAAACCUUGUGUGUGUGUGUGUGUGAGAGUGGACACAGAUGGGAAAGCGACUGAGUCAGAAAGGCUGCCUCCCAUCGCCGUCCUCCGCUCCUCUGCUGCUAUGGAGAUCAAGCAGGCUGAAUCACAGCAGCGUCCGCACAAAGAGCUGAGGUAGAAGUGUGUAUGCUGAGCUAGCAUGGACAAUGCAUGCAAGAGAUGGUGGUCAUCUGGCUGUCGGGCUGUUGUGUUUCUCCACACGCUGGCCUUCUCCUACACAGGUGCCGUUGAACCCGCCCCCAAAAUUGACGGACAUCAUCGGGCGGCGGUAACACUAAGAGAAAACAUGACGCACAGGUUCCGCUGUCAAUCAGACGGAUGGGAUCGCGAAGCCCAGCCCUUGCUGACCUGGUACCUAAACGGGGAGCCGCAGAAGGUGGUCUCUCCAAAAGGCGGUCAGGUGAUGACCACGCCUCAUAAAAGGUCUGAGGUCAGGAGAUUAGGAGCCAAUCACAGCAACAGCUCCUUCGCCCUCCGGGCCAGGAAGUGGGACAGAGAGCUGGUGUGUGUGGCGUUGGACCCCAAGUCUGGCACCAGCUACAACGCCACGGUCACUCUCAAUGUCCAGUUUCAGCCAAAGAUCCUGCGGGUCAGCGCACACUACAGUGAAACCUCAGACCCGGGCCUCAUCUUAGUCCUCUUUGCUCUGGUUCAGUCCAACCCGCCUGCCACCUUCGCCUUCGUGGACCAGGCCGGCCAGCUGGUGGCGAACACUUCGGACGUCCUCCUCCUGGACUCGCACAACUACCCCUGGCUGACCAAUCACACGCUGAAAGUGACGCUCAGCAGCCUAUCGAGGAAUAUCUCGCUGAAUGCCAGCAACAGCGUGGGCACGGCGCAAAGCAACCUCACACUGGCAGAGUUCCUGCAGUCUCGUGUGGAAGUGCCGAUGCUGGGAAUCGUAACUGGCGGGGCGAUGGCCUUCAUGGCUCUUCUCAUCCUCAGCCUGAUUGUCCUCUGCCUCAUGCAAAAAACAAAGAGCAAGUCCCUCGAUGAUUCAGUGGAGAUUGUGAUGACCAAGAAAAGUGAGUCGACCAACCUUAAAGCAGUGAGGGCUUACAUCCCAAGAGAGAACAUGUCGCUGCCUUCCAACAUGCAGCUCCAUGACCUCAGCACGUUGAAAAAAGCACGGGAGACUGCACAGCAAAACGGUGGCGGACAGAAGAAGAAAGAAGAGGAGGAUGAAGACCUGUCUUUAGCGUACGCUGCCAGAGGGUUUGCCAGAUAUCCCAUGGUGGGAUACAUCUACAAAGUGAACAGCACAAGCAGUGAGGAGAUCUGGCUGUGACGGACCUCCAAAGCAAUACACAUAUUAUUUGUGCAUGUAUGACUAUAGUUUCUGGAGGUUAAUUUGUGUCUUUAUUACCAAAGCUUUCUUUUGGACACUGAAUUUAUGUAGCAGAAUUUAUUUUGCAUUUGAAUGUUGUGAACUUAAUUUUUUUUUUUACAUCAAAUUAUGCUGACAAUCUCAUUGAAUAAACAUUUGUGAGAAAAAUUUGUGUUUAAAAAUUCAGUUUGUAAAAAUACAGUAGAUUGUAUAAAAAUUCAAUGUAUACAAAUACAGUGUUUUAGAAUUCAGUGUAAAAAAAAAAUCUGUGUAUUAAAAUUCUGUGUAUAGGUUUUUUUAAAAAAAUCAGUGUAUUAAAAGUCAGUCUAUAAAAAUGUAAUAUAAAAAAAUAU